AUGUGUGCUAAUCCAGCAGAGUCUUCCAUUCGAGAAUAUUUGAGCAAACGAAAACGUCGAACGAAUGAUAGUCAGCAGUGUACAGCUAAUCAAAAAUAUUUAACUCGAUCAACUGAUAAUGGUGGAUUAUCGUCUAAAAGGCUUUCGCUAAAGUUAAAUAAUCAGUCGCUCAAUUAUACGGAUUUAUUAAUUUGUGGAUAUAUGAUUAAGUUACCACCAAAUAUACAACCGUAUGCUACGCAGCGAACAAUGAUUGCAAAAAUUCUUAUCUCUUUAAAGAAUAAACUUAAUGCGCUGAUUGAAAGCCCAACAGGAAGUGGUAAAACACUUGGACUUCUGUCAGCAAGUUGUGCUUGGCUUGAAAGAUACAAAAAGGAACGAACGCAAUCACGUGAUGAAUGCAAAGCAUGUCAUAAUGGUAGUGGUAAUGGACAUUCUGGUAAUAAAACUUUAGAUCAAAGCACAUUAUUUGGAGAAUUAAAUGGUGUUGAUUUAAGCGAUAACAAUAGUAAAGGUAUGAAUACAGCCGAAUGUUCAUGUGAUACUCAAUCAUUUUCUACAAUAGAAGAUGAAUUUGAGAAUGAUUUUCGCUCAGUUGCAAGCUCGCCAGUUGUUUCAAAUAAAUUGGAAGGAGCUACCUUACUGGAUGAUAGUAAAUUGUCGACGAAAGAUGUGACGGAGGAAAGCCACACUUGUUUACCACGUGUAACAAUAUACUAUGGAACGCGAACACAUAAACAAAUUAGCCAAGUGGUAAAAGAAUUUUCACGCUUGCCAUAUAGUCAAGAUGGAGUCAUUAAACAUACAAUACUGGCAAGUCGUGAAUAUAUGUGUAUCAAUCCAGCAAUACAAGUUAAUGAUGAUAUCAAUAGUAAAUGUAAAGAAUUCAUAUCUUCGGAUGGGAUUGGUUGUUCAUACAAAAAUGCAAUGCGUGGGAAAUAUGAAAAACCGGGCGCAAUACGACGUUUAAUAGCACAAACUACUCGAAAAGUGAAUUAUGUCUGGGAUGUAGAAGAUCUUGUUGAAGCACUAAAAUGUUCCACACCAUCACUUUGUCCCUAUUUCUCAACUGCUCGAGUGCUUAUCGAUGAUGCUGAUAUUAUUUUUUGUCCAUUCUCUUAUUUAAUUGAUCCUAUCGUUCGUACGAAUUCUGGUUUAAGCCUAAAAAACACAAUAGUUAUUCUUGAUGAAGCGCAUAACGUGGAAGAUGUUUGUCGUGAAGCCGUUAGUUUUACAUUCAUGGAGCGUGAACUGGUUGGUGCAGCUGCAGAUUUAUAUGAGAAAGCAACAGAACUUGAAAAAGAACUUGCAAAAGUGGAUGCUAAAAUUGUUGCGGAAGAAGGAUUGAUUGAAACACAAGACAACAGGGCGGGAAGAUAUAAGGAGUGUUUGGAAAUAUUGAAGGGCCAUUUUAAAACAGUAAUUAGUUUCUUAAAUAAGAUAUUGGAUUGGUUUGUGAAUGUAUCAUCAAAUGCUCUUCAAUCGGCACCGAUGAAAAAUGAUCGACUUACCUAUACUUUUAACUGGGAGAAGCUUUUCACAACGUUUGCGAAUAAUGAUUUGAAUAUAUUUGACAAAACCGGCAAAGGGACUGCUUAUUCAGGUCUACUGGAAGCAUUUAUAUCUAUUACCGAUACGGGUAAUGAAAAUGAUGAGUUUCAAUCCUACUUAAAGUAUUACAAGCCAUUUGCUUCAACAGCUGUUUGUGUGGAAAAAUUUCUAUAUUUUUUUAAAGCAUAUUUUCGGGAUGACAAUCGUACUGCAUAUAAAUUAUUUGUAUGUAUUGAUAAGCCAUUUGUUCCAUAUGCGCAAUCAAAUCUUUUCGAUAUUACUAAGAAUUCAUCAGAUAGCGUCGAUAUUUUAGAUAUGAGUUCAUAUGAGAAAGAAAAGGAAGUAUGGUUAGAUUCAAAAACACGUCUGAAAGGAUAUCGCGAAGUGAAAUAUGGCUAUCGUGUUGCUAUCAGUUUUUGGUGUAUGCGUCCGUCACUGGCAUAUAUAGAUGCAUUCAAAGGAUGUCGCAGUGUUAUUUUAGCUUCUGGCACACUCUCUCCGACGGAUACUUUUCGUACCGAACUUGGUACUACUUUUCAACAAGAAAUGGAAGGAAAUCAAAUUAUACCGGAUGAGCAGAUUUUCGCUGCAGUUAUUCCAUCCGGACCAAGUGGUGAAAAAUUGUGUGGAACUUAUAGAAUUAUCAAUCGAGAUGAUCGAUUUAUACGAGAAAUUUCAUUGAUUCUUAGUCACGUGUGUAAAAUAAUACCAAAAGGUGUGUUAUGUUUUUUUUCAAGUUAUCGUGUCUUGGAUCAGAUUUAUGAAUAUAUGGAAACAACGGGUAUUUUAAGGCAGAUACAAAAUGUCAAGCUUGUUUUGAAAGAACCACGUCGUUCAUCACUAAUGAAUACUGUUAUGAUGCAAUAUGAAAGGGCGAUUGUUAAUUCUUUAGAUAUCGGACCACAGUGCACUGGCGCAUUGUUGAUGGCAGUUUUUAGGGGAAAGAUAUCGGAAGGUAUUGAUUUCACUGAUGAUAGAGCUCGUUGCGUGGUGACCGUUGGUAUACCAUUUCCCAGUGCUGUGGAUGAACAAGUUAUUGAAAAGAAAAAAUAUAACGAUGAUUAUUGCACGAAAUUACAACUCUUAUCGGGUGAUGAAUGGUAUACGAUGCAAGCAUAUCGAGCUCUCAAUCAAGCUUUGGGAAGAUGUUUACGGCAUCGUUCCGAUUGGGGAUCGAUUUUGAUGCUUGACGAACGACUAUUGCAAACACAAGCAAAUCCAAAUGCUAAAAAGAUUUCUCGAUGGAUACGUAAACAGUUGAGACCGUUGACAAAUUACGAGCAUUUUCUUAACGAAUUAGCCAAUUUUGUUAACAAAAUGGAACUUAAAAAUUCUUAG